AUGGUGAGCGUAAAUGUGGCAUUGUGCAGCGGACAGUUUGCCAUGAGUGUUCUUCAAACAUUUUUCAUGUUUUAUUAUGUGAAAGUGUAUUUGAACAUAUUCAAAAUCGAUGAGUUCUGGUUUGCCAUCACCCAGGGCCUGUUUAUUGUGUGGAAUGCGCUCAACGAUCCAAUUUUCGGUUACGCACAGGUAAUAAUUUUAGCUUACAGCAUACUGUAUUUUUCGCAGGUAGCAUACUGUAUUUAUAGCGAAAACGGCAAGAAUCUAAGCACAAAUACCGUACAUAAAUACUCCCAAUAA